CUCAGUAAGACCUGUACAGAUGUUCAGUGUAAUUAUGGAACUGAGAGAUUCAGAGACAGACUGAAGCUGGAUCAUCAGACUGGAUCUCUGAGCAUCACAAACAUCACAAACACAGACUCUGGACUUUAUAAACUACAGAUCAACAGCAGCAGCGGCAGUCUUCUUCAGCUCUUCAAUGUUUCCGUCUAUUAUGCUCCUCAACGACAGAAAAUGAAGACAGUGAAGGAGGGAGAAUCUGUCACAUUAGAUCCUGAUGUUCAGUGUUUAUAUGCGGAUGUCAGAUUCAAAGGCAGACUGAAACUGAAUCAUAUGACUGGAUCUCUGACCAUCACAAACACCAGAACCACAGACUCUGGACUCUAUUAUCUGCUGAUAACCACCAUCCGAUUUAACAUCAUAAAGAGCUUUAUUGUUGAUGUCACUGGUUAUGUUGAUGCUGCGAGUGUGUCAGUGAUGGAGGGAGAUUCAGUCACUCUAUACACUGAUGUUAAAACAAACCAACAAGAAGAAAUAAGAUGGUAUUUUAAUGACAUUCGCAUUGCUCAAAUCACAGAAGAUCUCAGUUUUAUCUGUACAGAUGUUCAGUGUAAAUAUAGUGAUGAGAGAUUCAGAGACAGACUGAAGCUGGAUCAUCAGACUGGAUCUCUGACCAUCAGGAACAUCACAAACACAGACUCUGGACUUUAUCAUAAACAAGUCAUCAGCGUCAGCAACAUCAAUGACGGCAUCUUCAGUGUUACCGUCUAUGAAGUUCUUGCUGCUGAACGAGAUGAAAUUAAGAGAAAGUCAGUGAAGGAGGGAGAAUCUGUCACUUUAGAUCCUGGUGAAACUAAAAGCCCAAAUGAUGUGAUAACGUGGUAUUUUAAUGACAUUCUCAUUGCUGAAAUCACUGGAGAUCAGAGUAAGAUCUGUAGAGAUGAUCAGUGUGAUGAGAGAUUCAGAGACAGACUGAAGCUGGAUCAUCAGACUGGAUCUCUGACCAUCACAAACACCAGAACCACAGACUCUGGACUUUAUCAUCUACAGAUAGGCAGCAGCAGAAUCAGCAUCAUAAAGAGCUUCUGUGUCACUGUCCCUAAUUCAGGUCUGUCUUCAGCCGCUGUAGCAGGAUUAGUAGUCCUAUGUGUUGGUGUAGCUGCAGUUGUUGCUGCUGGUGUGAUUUAUUAUCGCAAACGUCAAGCAGGACAACAAAACUAUGUUACAGACAUGGUGAUGCAGUACCUGGAUCAGCUCCGGUUUCACGGAAGUGGAGACCACGCCGUUGAAACGUGGAGGCUGACGAAUAAAUUAGAUCCUGUGUCCUUUCCGUACUGUGCUCAAUACCCCCGCAGAAAUGCCCGCCAGAAGUUCCACGCUGCCAGACUCUCUGAGAGCGAAUGGUCUCCUGAGGGCACUGAGGAUAGACGGGCACCGUGUAAUAUGGUGUCAAUGGCCCCUCCCCUUGAGACAAAUCCAUGUCUCGACGAAGCUCAGCGACUGCUUCCUCGUGUGCCCAGAGCCACUAGCUCAGUGCCCUGA